AUGGCGCAUACGGACAACUCGUUUGGUCCGAAUCUACCGGGUGUCUUUGACUUUACCAUUCUCUUCGAGCAGAGCAUCCUCUGCCUGCUACCCGCAUGCAUCUUCAUCCUGGUCGCGCCGUUGCGCACUUGGACCCUCGUGCAUUGUGAUACAGUUGUGUGCUCGCGCAAACUGUUCCAGGCAAAACAGGCCACCAUUGCCGUCUAUUCUUGUCUUCAGCUCGCCCUCGUCGCCUCAUGGUCACUACCAUCGACGCCCAAGACAAAAACGUCCAUUGCAGAAGCAGUCAUUGGCGUCCUGGAAGCCGGUGCCAUUUCGGCGCUGUCAUGGGCUGCGCACCACAAGUCGGUCGGGCCGUCUAUCCUGCUGAACCUGUAUCUCCUUCUCUCGGCCGUCCUCGACGCCGCCGCCGCGAGGACGUACUUGACGCGGCAGGGGGAUCUUGCAGCCAUUGGCGGCGUGCUUUCGGCUUCCCUGGCCGUCAAAGCCGCCCUGUUGCUGUUGGCCCUCGAGGAAUGGCCCAAGGAGCUGGUCCUCAAGGACAAGGCUGCCGCCGACGAAACGGCCGCCGGCGUCAUCAGCCGCGGCGUCUUUUGGUGGCUCAACCCUCUGCUCCUCGUUGGAGCAAAGACGCUGCUUGCCGUCGACGACAUCGGCGCCAUCGAGGACGAGUUUGACUCGGCCAGACUCCUGCAUCAGCUUGAGCGUGUCUGGGACAAUGACGCCAAGACCGGCAGUUGGGCCCUCAUGAAAUGCACGUUCCUGGCGUACAAGUGCCAGUUCUUGGCCGGCAUCAUCCCGCGGCUAUGCUUCACCGGCUUCACGUUCGCCCAGCCGUUUCUCGUCAGCUCCGUCGUCAGCUUUGUCGGCGAGCCCGAGGAGCAGCAGGCGGCCCAAGUGGCUGCGAGUCUCGUCGGCGCCACCAUGCUCGUGUACGUGGGCAUCGCGGUGAGCAACGCGGCAUACCGCCACAUGACGUACCGGCUUCUCACAAUGUACCGGGGCGGCCUCGCCUCGUUGGUGUUCAAAAAGACGCUCGGGCUGGAGGCGUCUUCCGUCAGGGACUCGGCGCCGGUGACCCUGAUGAGCACCGACAUUGAGUCGAUUGUCAUGUCGGGCGAUGCCAUCCACGACAUAUGGGCCAGUUUCAUCGAGAUCCCCCUGGCGAUAUUCCUGCUGUAUAGGAACGUGGGGAUCCCCAGCCUCUUUAUCCUGGUUCCUGCAUUCUGCACCUCUGCUGCUGGUGCCUUGGUUUCCCCAGCCUUGGGCCCAGCCCGAGUCCAAUGGAACAAGGCCAUCCAGGAGCGCGUCGGCUCCGUCUCGACAAUGUUGAGUCAGAUCAAGGGCGUCAAGAUGAUGGGCCUGACGGACCUUUUCCACGACUCGCUGCAGACUCUCCGCGUUGACGAACUCAAGCUGGCGGUCAAGUUUCGAUGGAUACUAGUCCAACUCAAUUCGUUUGCAAUGGCAUCUGAAGACAUCACGCCCGUCAUGGUCAUCGUCGCCGCCAUUUUCUGGACCAAGGCGGACGAGGGACUCACAGUUGCCGAGGCCUUCACCUCCCUCUCCAUCAUCGGCAUCGCGGCGACGCCGCUCGUCAAUAUCCUCAUUUCAAUCGUGCAGCUAUUCGGUGCCGUUGGCUGCUUCUCCCGCCUUCAGGCAUUCCUCACCAUAGAUGAAAGAAGGGACUCGCGGGAAAUGGCUCCCUCGACCGUCUCUUCCACGCUGUCCCCCGCGGACGCGAAUUCAGCGUCAAACAUCGAGGCCGAAACCCGCCCGUCGCUGGACUCUUCAAUGCCCGCCGUGGCAAUUGAAGGCGCCACCUUCACAGUCGGGAAGAAUACCAAGGUCCUCACAGACAUCAGCAUGGUCUUCCCACAGGGAACCACAUCCAUGAUUGUCGGCCGCGUCGGCUGCGGCAAGUCAUCGCUGCUCAAAGCCAUCGCCGGCGAACUGGCCCUGGCAAGGGGUCGCCUCGUCGCCAACGCGUCCUCCAUGGCGUACUGCGACCAGCCGCCGUGGCUGCAGAAUUGCUCCAUCCGGGACAACAUCGUGGCACAGUCCCCCCUCGACGAGAAGUGGCUGUAUACCGUCAUCGAAGCCUGUGCGUUGGACGAGGAUAUCUCCAUGUUCCCCAUGCGGGACUUCACCAUUGUCGGCUCCGGAGGCGUGGCAUUGAGCGGCGGCCAGAAACAACGAGUUGCCCUUGCUCGCGCCGUAUACUCGCGACGCAGCCUUCUCCUCCUCGACGACGUAUUCAGCGGCCUGGACAGCACUACGUCCAAAACCGUCUUCCAACGCGUCUUGGGCAGAGACGGCCUCGUUCGACGGCUGAAUGCCACCGUCAUCUUGGCUACGAACCAUGUCAACUUGCUCCCUGCAGCUGAUCACAUUACCGUGCUCGGUGACGGGACCACUGUCCGGAACCAGGUGCGCUUCGGCUCAGUCGACCCCUCGGAAUGGGGCAUCUUGGAGAGCGACACCGACGUCGACAGCACCAUGACCGUCUGCGGCUCUGGCGAAGCAGGUUUGGAAAAGGUCGAGGUGUCCCAGGAAGCAGCCGCCAAUCCAUCUCCAAAGACGGAAGCCCAUCUCAGUCGGCAGACGGGCGACCUUGACUGCUACAGCAUCUACGUGCGGUCCCUGGGCACAAUGGCCAUGGUCAUGCUGCUGAUGGGGAGUGUUUUGCACACCGCCAUGGUCAAAAUGCCGCAGAUCUGGUUGAAGCUCUGGACGCAAAAGGGCACAGGGCCGACAGACUACGCCUACAUGGCCGGCUACGUCGGGUUUGCGCUUGCGUCGACGACAUUCGGGGCUCUCAACAUGGGGUACUAUUCUCUCGUCGGGGUUCCCAAAUCCGCCAUCCGUCUUCACGACAUGCUCCUCCGAUGCGUCGUCCGGUACGCACGCCAAAGCCCCCCCUUCAACCUCCAGACGUCACCCCUUGAAGCUAACAAGCCCAAACAAGAGCACCAUUUCACUUCUUCACCAGCACAGACAGCGGCAUCACGCUCAACAGGUCCGUUCAGCCAGGACAUGACGCUCGUCGACAACGCCCUCCCCAUGGCCUUUCUCAACGUCACGACGCUCUCCCUCCGCGCCCUUGCGGAAACAGGCCUCAUCGCCUCCGGGGCACCCUCCAUCGCCGCCACCAUCCCCAUCUGCUUCCUGGCCCUGUACUUCAUCCAGAAGUACUACCUCCGCACGUCGCGCCAGCUGCGCCUCCUCGACCUCGAAACGAAAUCCCCGCUCUACACACAAUUCACCGAAACCCUCGCGGGCCUGCCCACCAUCCGCGCCUUCGGCUGGGCCCCCUCCUUCCUGGCCGACAACCACCGGCGCCUCGACGCCUCCCAAAAGCCCUUCUACACCAUGUUCUGCACCCAGCGCUGGCUCCAGGUCGUCCUGGACCUGUUCGUCGCCGGCACCGCGCUGGUGCUCGUCUCCGUGGCGCUCCGCGCCCCCGGCCACACGACCAGGGGCGCCGUCGGGCUCGCCAUGGUCAGCCUCAUCGGCUUCAACCAGACGCUGACAAUGGCCAUCGACCAGUGGACGCGCCUCGAGACGUCCCUCGGCGCCGUCGCCCGCCUCAAGUGGUUCGCGAGCAGCACCCCGGACGAGAACAAGCCGUGCGAGCGCGCCGCGCCGCCCCCCGCGUGGCCGACAAACGGACACAUUGAGCUGGAGCACGUCGUCGCUGCAUACAGGCACGUCUUCCCCCCCCCCGCUUUAUCCAACACCCACCCGAGAGAAACUAAACCGCCUGCAGUGACGACACCGAGCCCGUCCUGA